UCUGUCCACGAAUUCUUUUAUUUAUUGCUUCAAAAGGUUCAUCGGGAGGAGAGCACUACCGGAGAAGGUCGUGUGCGACAACGCCACAAAUUUCGUCGGAGCCGAAGCCAAGUUGGGGGAGCUACACGAAAUGUUCUUCAUCGAAGCGAAGCGAAGGGAAAUACUGGACUUCGCCGCGGAUCAAGGCGUCAAGUUCGAAUUCAUCCCCCCGCGCGCUCCUCACUUCGGCGGUUUGUGGGAGGCAGCAGUAAAACCUACAAAGAACCUGCUCCAUCGUACCAUCGCGCACGCCAAUUUAACUUUCGAAGAGUUGACCACCGUGUUAGUGGAAAUCGAAGCCAUCCUAAAUUCAAGACCAAUAGCUCCUAUGUCCGAAGACCCCAACGACGGGGAGGCACUUACACCAGCGCAUUUUCUAAUCGGUUGCGCACUCUAA